CUAUGAAACCAAGCUAAGACAUAAAUUUAUGUUAAUGCGGCAUUUGAACGCAGCUUGUUGCAAAAUGUUUUACUGCAUUUUGGAAUUAAAAUUCUUGAACCUUAUUUUGGCUUACAUAAUUAUGGAGUCUCAUAAUAACUAUUAAUUAUAUUAUAUUUAUCUUAUAAUUCAGAUUAUUUCUACUAAGAACUAAAUUUGAUUAGUAUUUCACUAAUUUCUAUUAUUAAUAAUAUAUGAUAUUUCAUUGAAAAAUCGAUUAAACGUUAUCUGAUAAUUAAUUAUUCUGAUCAAAAUUCUUCUUCGAGCUCGAGCAGUUAGUAUUCCACUAACCCCUCUUUUGAAUUCGAUGAAAUAAUUACUUCACCAAAAUAUUAAUCACAAAAACUAGUAGCGUAAAACAGCAUUUUAUGCCAUCUAAUGUAAACUAGUACUUACAUUACAUCAAUAGUUUUUUCUAAUAAAAAAUGGCUGUCAACCACACUAACUAUAAGCCAGCAUAUGAUGACACAUCUAGACUGUAUUAAUGUAUUUAGAACAAUACAAACAAUAUGAUUAAAAUAACAUGUAUCUGUUAGAAUGUAGUUAACACCACGAUCAUACUUUGUGUUGCCAAAAAAUGGUACGAAUAUUGAAAGCGGGCAAUCCAAUUAAUAUUAAAAAAAAUGAAUCGUUCAUAAUAAAAAGCCAAUCUGUUCCACUUUAACCAACCCGUUCCAAUUUAACGAACAUAUUUUAGGCUGUUUGGAUUGCUUAAAUUAAUUUUGAUCAGGUUUUCUUUUAGAUCAGAAAUUUUUACAAUAAUUCAUUACAUGAUUUCAACGUCUAAUCUACUUUUUUUUUUGAACUGGAUAAUCUAAUCUACUAAUUCUGCAAUAAAAGUAUGAGUAUGAUGUUUAAUAUAUAACACAUGUUAGAUGAUGUAUAUCAUCAUCAUGUUAUAGUUGUAUAGUUUGUGUAUUUAGUGAUAUAUGAGUAAUUAGUAAUGUACAAAUAUGUGGUCAUGUGAUGACCUAUAGGCGGUGUAGAGCCAAUCAUUUUUCAAAAUUUUUUUUUUUUGCAAACUAGCAAACCAGUAAAUUGGAUCUAAAUGCAAAUACGAAUAACAAAUUUGGAUGAUGAACUUAGCUGCCGCAUGUGACUUUCCAGACACAGAACCGAAGAACCCCUUGGACUAGUAUUGGACAUAUUCGUCACCAUUGAAAUAUUGUUUUCUUUUAUGAAUUUUUUUUUAAAAAAAUGUUUCAAUGAAUCAUGAGGUAAAGAUAAGAUUUGAAUGGCUUUAAAGAGCCUAAUUUUAGCAGACUUUGAUUAUUCCACCACAAUGAUAUCAUAGUCGCUUCAAGAAAUAAGUCAUGAUGCUUUGUUUUUUCUGCUGAUGGAUGAUAGAUGGCAAUGUGGUCAGUAAUAUGCUACUAAGGAAAGAGGGGGUGUACAUCCACCCAUAAUAUGCUCUACGUCUAGAGGAUCCGUGAAUCCCUCUUGGUUAAUUUUCAAAAGAUAGUGUUUUACUUUUGUUUUUCGCAAAAAAAACAAUUCUGUUAGAUACUAGCUUUGAAUGCAAUACACUUUAAAUGCAGAUUAAAUAUAAUUUUUUAGAAUGCAGAUCAAUUUACAUUUUAUUUACCAUUUAAAUUUAAAUUUUAGUUCAUUAAUAUUGCAGAUUGGACUGCACUAAUCUGCAUGCAAAUUAUAAAUAGUCAUUAAAAUGUUGAUCUGCAGGAGGAAAAAGAAAGAAAGUUAAAACAAGCCGAGGACCAAUAGAAAUUAAGUCUUUCAUUUGCCUAUUAAUUACAUAUAUAAACCAUUUAAUUCAUUUCUUUAUUUUCAAACCAGAUACAAAUAUUUUAAAUAUAUGGUUUAAUACUUUUUUUUCUUUGUUUAAUUUAAUAUAUGUUAAUAGAAAUUUAUAUAUAUUUACUUACAUGUACAUAUUUUUUUUAUUCUCGCCAAGUUUAAAAGUGAUAUUUUACAUUUUAUUUUUGUAUUUGAAAAUUAAUGUUUUGGACUUUUCUUACAUAUGCAUGCUGUUUUGUAUCUUCUAAAAUUUUAUAAUUUCACAACGACAACAUAUAAUAAUUAUAUAUAUAUAGUUAGUUUAUAUAUAUUUACUUAAAAAUGCAUGUUAUUUUGUAUCUUCUAAAAUUUUUCAACUUCACAAUUAAACAUAUAAUAAUUUUGUAAAUAUAGAAAUAUAUUUAUAGUUAUUUUUAUUUUUAUUGUUGAUAAUAAUUAACAUAUAACAAAUAAUAUAUAUAUCUAUUAUAUAUAUGCAUGUUAUUUUGUAUCUUCUAAAUUUUUAUAACUUAUCACAAGGAAAACAUAUAAUACUCUAAUAGAUAUAUAAAUAUAUUUAUAGUUAUUAUAUAUAUAUAUAUAUUUACUUACAUAUGUAUAUUAUUGUGCAUCUUCUAAAAUUUUAUAACUUCAAAAUUAAAACAUAUAAUAAUUUUAUAGAUAUAGAAAUAUAUUUAUAGCUAGUUUUAUUUCUAUUGUUGAUAAUUAACAUAGAAUAAAUAAUAAUAUAUAUAUCUAUUAUUUAUAAGAACUUUAAUUUUAGAUAUCUAGUUAAUAUCUUUUACGUUUUAAUAUUUAGUAUAAAAUAAUGAUUCAAUAAUUAAUUUAAAUAGUUAGACUUGCAUUUGUUCUGCAUUGAUUUGCAUUUGUUCCGCACGAUCUAUAUUUGUUAUGCAUGAUCUGUGUUUUCUAUUUGAUCUGCUAAAUUUUGUUCUGCCAGUGUCUCCCUUGGUUAAUUAUAUAUAUAUAUAUAUAUAUACAUAUUGUUAUUGGUGAAGUUUAUAUGUGCAUCAGUCAGAAUUAUCAGUCAGAAGUUGAUAUGAAAGGCAUGGAUGUAUAAUGUAACUAACUCUUAUAGUCUAAUGAACCGAGAGUCUAAUUCGACAACAUUGUGUUUGACCUCGUCAAGCCCGCUGAACACGCAACUUUCAAGUUCGGUGACGUUAUGCUCAACCCUCUCGAAUUUUUCUCCUAGAUCACCCAUGCCUAUUUCCAAGACUUCACAGAAACACUAUUUUCCCAUCAGCCUCUUUACAUGAGCGGACGUGGUCUCCCUUCUGCGUUCCUCGUCUGGACAUCGAUAAAACUUCUUUGUCUUUACUUUCUUUAGCCCUACUCUCAGAUAAAAUUCCCUUAUCAUAGUCGGCUCUGAUAUGACUUGUCACAGACUGAUUCCUAUUCAAUCAGAAUGUGCAGCCUUAGCAUCUUUAUACUCUUUGUAGUUGGUAAGUUAAACUCUAACCUCUAUCCAAAACUCAGACAAUUUUCUUAGAAAGAGAGUAUCAUAAUAUAGAAAAAGCUUUAGAGAAGUGUAUUCUUAUUAAAUUCUUGCAUAUGUUACAAACGAGGCUCUCAUCACCUCUUUUCUAUAAACGACCAGCUGAGAUAUAUGCCUUACUCUCUAUACUUAUUUUAUGGUUAUUUAUAUGUUACUCUCUAUCUAGUCUCUAAUGUAUUCUGCACUCUUCCAAAACAUUUAAUACAUUUUUUAUAUUUUAUACAAGACUUAAGGUUUAAUAAGUGUUGGUGGAAUUUGUUCUCCUUUGGUUGGCCCAUUUCCUUAACUGAUCUUCAUGGACGAGUGGGCUCUGGGCCGUGAUAGUAGACAAACUUAUAGAAGGUCUAGCUCUAAUCAAUAAAAUAAUAGUACAUCUUUGGGCUUUGUGUUUGGUGUAAUCACACUCGGAAACUUUAGGUUCCUGAAAAAAACACGCUACAAAUUCGAUUGCGUGGAUUUUGACUCUCACGAUAGAUAUAAUAAAGUACACAAUAAUGUAUUUUCUGCUAAAAUUAAAAAUUGUAUUUUCUGUCAAGAAUAUAAAAUCACAUUUAUUUUUUGAUAAAAACAUGCAAAUUACAUUUGUAGUCUCGUCUAAAUAACUUUCACCAAAACCAUAAAAUUACAUUUGUAGUCUCGUCUAAAUAACUUUCGUCAAAACCAUAAAAUUUUCUACCAAAAUUACAAAUAAUAUUUUCUGUCAAAACCGUAAAACCCACAAAAUCAUAUUUUCUAUCAAAAUGAAAAAUCUUAUUUUCCCAACAAACUAUAAAAUUACAUAUUUUUGCUAAAACAAAAAAAAUUACAUCUUCUAUCAGAAUCACAAAUCAAAUUUUCAUCCAAAUUAACAAGAAAAAUUUACAUCUUGGGACACAUUUUGACAUUGCAAUUACAUCAAGAAGCACAUCUUGCUUUUGACACACUUUCUUCUUGUGUAUUGUCUCUUCUACCCUUUCAUUAACCAAACAACAAACGUUCCACGACAAACUUUACUUUUGUUCUAACUAAAGCUAAGGCCAAGUCCAAUCGAACGCUAUAACUGUAAAAUAGUGCAACAUUUGCAAAUUUCUCUCUCCAACCACACGGUAAAAAGAACUGUAUUUUAGUGUGAUUCCCUUUUCAGCUACAGUGUCACACUAUAUUUGGUGUUGCACUGUAGCAACGGCAAACUUUUUUUUUUUUUUCAAAACUGUUUAUUUAUAUAUUAUUUACUAUAAUUUAUGUAUUUUAUUAUUUUUAUAACUGGAUAUGAUAUUUAAAUAAAGUAAAUAUGUCAUAUUUGUUUUGUUAUCUUUUAAGUUUAUUUAAUAUAAAAUAUUAAUUUAUUGAAAACAAAUAAAAACUAGUUGAAAAUAUAUAACAAAAUUUAAUUUAAACACUGAAAAUUAAAACUAAAAAAACAGCAUAAAAGAUAAAACUGCAUACAAUCAGAUAGCAUAAUCUAGCUUUUGUAAAGUUUUUUUAAUUCUUAAAUUUUGUAUAAUGUACUCUAGCUUUUAUUAUGUGUUUUUAAUUGUUAAAUAUAAGAGUUUGUUUUAAUAAUAAUAUUUUAAUAUAAAUUUUGUCAUGUAAUAUAUUUAUAUUUAAAUUAGAAAUAUUUUUUAAAAAGGUGAAAUUAAAAUAUUAUUUAAAUUAAUAUUGUUUUAGGGCCAAUUUGUGAAAUAACCAAAAAAAUAUCAAAAUUAGAUUUUUAGAGAAAGGGAUGAGAGCUAAAAAAUUAUUACUAAACAAUAAAAACUAAGAAAAUCUUGUUUAAUAAUAUAAUAAUAAAAAAUAUUUCUUUUAGUGUAAUAUUUGGUGUUGUGGUUGGAGAGCUAAAAAAUUUUAGUGUUAAAACUAUACUAAAAUAGUGUAAUCUUGACACUAAAAUAGUGUUAUGGGUUGGAGAUGCCCUAAAUCCUUUUAUCAUUUCUCUCUCUUGUUUCAAUUUUGAAAUCUCCUAAAUCCAUGAAUCCUAAUUUCUCUUGCUUCCAUUCAUUCCCAAAUUCGUGAACGCUAAUUACAUCUCCUUACCCUUUUGCGUCUCGGUCCUUUUUUUUUUGUGAACCACUUUAGAUCCAACUAUUGUGUGAGUUGCGUUUUCUGGUUUUGGAUUUAAUGGAAAAGAUGAGCAGCCGUUCAAGUCGAACGAUUCACGUUUCGAACCUUCCUUGCAAUAUCCACGAGAGGGAAGUAGAAGAUUUGUUAGUAUGGACCUGUUCUUCAAAAUCGAUUUGAAGAUCCCACGAUGUUGCCGUCAGCCACGACCACUCUCAAGAGCCAUCUCUGUCUUUCUCAUGUCUUCUGAGUCUAGGCGUUUAUGAGUUUUAUGGGAAAUUGAAGCUUAGAUUGUGGAAGUGAUGAUCAAGAGCUCAAGUAGGGAAUGGAGAAACAGUUUGUGGACCUUCUAACCGAGGAGCUGAAGCUGCUAGACGCAGUUGCAGAUUAGCAUAGCCGUCACAUGGAUGUUACCAUUGCAGAAGCUAAAAGAGUUGCAUCUCAGUACCAAGAGGAAGCUUUGAAUUUUUGUAUGAGUUGUCCACGAAACUCUGUCCACAAAAUUUUGUAUAUAAAUUUUGUAGGAUUGAGAUUUUUUGUUCACCAUACCUCAUCCACAACAUUUUGUAUGAUUCAGAAUUUUGUCAAUAAAACUUUUUUUUGUUCGAAUUUGAAAUAAGCUAACAAUAUAUGAAUUGUGAAAAAUAUCUCUGUCCACCAUAUCUCAUCUAUGUCCACAUCUUUUUUUUUGGUAAAAUCCUGUCCACAUCUUUUCUAUUUAUCUAAGUUUUGUACAUGUCCACAUUUUUUCCGUCCACAUCAUAUAUGUCCAUGUAUUUUGUAUAGAAAUGUUAAAAUAUAUAAAAUAUAUAUAUGAAUAUGAAUGUCAAAAUAUAGAGAAAAAUAAAUUAUAAUUUAUUGUAACAACUAUUUUUGUUUUAUGUAUUUUAAACUUUGUGAAAAAAAAGAAAUUAAACAUAAGUUGAAAUGAAUAAUAGUAACAUAAAAAACAAACUAAACCAAAAUUGUUGUUUUGACGUAUAUAUACACAUACCAUAUAAUAAGUUAUUAUCUUUUCCUUAUCAUCUCGUUACUUUUUUUUUUUAAGGAAGGAAGGGCUUUAACGUCCAACAUUUCUUCUCUCUCCUUGAUAAUGUGCCUCUCAAGUGGAUUGUGAUCUUUAUUGUAAAGAAAGACAGCAAAGUGUCUAAAUGAGUAAAUCAGACUCAUUCCUGUUAAACAACAAAAUCAUGUGUUGACAAAGAAACAAAAUCACCUUUUCGCUAAAAUUAUAAAACCAUAUAUAUUUCCACUAAAUUUGUAAAACAUUUUUUGUGAGAAUUGAAUUAUACAUAUUUUUUUAUCAAAUCGGGAAAUUCACAUUUUCUCGUAGUAAAAAAUACAUUUUUAAGUAAAAUCACAUUUCCUAAAGAUCGUAAGAUCACGUUUUUUUUUAUCAAAACCGUAACAUUACAUGUUUAUAUCAAGACGGCUAAAUCACAUUGUCCAACUUUAACCAAAAAUUUGUAUUUUUUUGUCAACACUAUGAAAUCGUAUUUUCGGAAACCACUAAACAGUACGAAGACCUGCCGUAUAUUAUUUUUUUUUUGUAAAAGAGGUUAAACCUUAAGUCUAUUAAAGACACAUAUCUAACUCUCGGGUGAGAGGUGCAGCCCACGGAUGGAUCCUUUCUCGAAUAUUCAAGUGAGCCAUAAACAAUACGUUCAUAUUCGUGUGGCCACAUGUAGAGCUAAUAAUUUUGCACUAGAGAGAAAUUAGUUCCUAACCUGAACCAAUAAAACAACUACUUCUCUAGUGGAAACCAUUAGACCAGCACGACAUGGUAUGUCGUAUAUUAUAUCUGUCGUCUAGACCCAUGUAGAGAGCGUAAUUUUUAACACUGAGAAAAACAAAAAAUAAAAAUUAGUGACAACAUGAAAAAAAACACAAAAGAAACCAUGUGUUAGUGGUCCAGUGGUUAAACUCAAUCUGGAAAGUCAUGGGUUCGAGUGCCGCUAGGAGGUGAUUAUCUUGAGGGACCUUCGGGUCUAAUACGGAGAAGCCUGCUAACGUGUGGCUACUGGUGAGAUUUACAUGGGGUGAUCACCAGCCCUUCUGGAUGCCUCGGCGAGCUCUCCGGCUAAGCUCCGAUGGACGGUCAUUGGCGCUAGUCGGAUCCUCUCGAGGCUCCGGAUACCAGGAUCAUCAAAAAAAAACACAUAAGAAAAAAUGUUGCGUGAGUUUUUAAGUAAAGAAAUUAAAGUUUAGUUAAUUCUUAAAGUCAAUGAAAAAACGUAGAAGGGCACACUAGUCUAUUAUCUCUUUAAAUAUAGAGUAAAAAGUGUUAAAUGUCAAAAUGUGCCUAAUUAUUUAAUAUUCUAUCUUUUUAGUUUUUAAAUAAUAGUUUUAGAUUUAUCAUAAAAAUUGGUCUUAAUAAAUUUCUAUUUUUCAGUUUUUCUUUAACUUGUAAUCCCUCCCAUACAACAAUUGUCAUUUAUCCAAAUUUGAAUAUUUAUAAUUGUUUUAAUUGUUUCAAUUUAGUAUACAUUUUUUUUAUAUAUUCUCUCUAUUUUUAUAAUUAGCUUUCGUAUUAAUUACUUAAUAUUAUUUUUAUGGUUUCUUUUAACAAUUUGAAGUUUUGUUUUCCAACUUCUCAAACUGCUUAAAGUAUAAUUAUGGUCAAAUUUCAACCAAAAAUUAAAAAAAACUUAUUAUGGUCUCAUAAAUUCGUUUCUUUUUUCUUUGCAUUAAAAUUUAUUUAAAUAUGUUAUAGUUUAAUAACGAUGAUCGAAUUACUCUAGAGAAUGAAAAAAUGCAUUUAUUUUUUUAUUAUAUGAUAGUAAUAUGUUUAUGAUGUCUUAGAAUUUAAUUUGAAGCCUAUAUAUUGCUUUAUAAUUAUGUUCAAAAGAUCUUUACAAUGUUUAAAUGAAAUAGUUUAUCUAUUAUUAAUAGUUGGACACAUGUUAAUUUUUUUAUUUGCUUAGAAAUAUUUGAUGUACUAAAAGCACCAAAACAUGUAGUACAGAUUAAUUCUGUUUUAAAAUUUUAGUUACAAAACAAAGUUGCAUCAGUGCUAAUAAUACAAGUGCAAAUGAAUAUCUAAAAGGAUGGCUAAAGUGUCUAAAUGAGAUACAUAAUAUCACAUUUCUCCUACUUUUUGAUUAUUUUUAUUUUAUUUAAUCUGAAAACCCUACCAACAUACUACCCUUUUAAAGAUGCCCUAGGCCUCUAACAUUGAAGUUUUUUUUUCAACUUGUUAUGAUAUACUAAAACCUUAUUUACUUCUUUAUGCUGGCCAAAAAAAAACGCGAGAUAGUUAUAAAAACUCUAUAUAUACCAUGUUCCCACAAACCCCAAAAUCACAACCCAGUAAAGCUAAGAAGUCAACCAAAAAAAUGGAAGUCAUUAGCAAUUUUAGGUUUCUGAUACUCUUAGCCGCCUUUGUAGGAACUCUUCUUCACUCAAAGGCCCAAGACAGCCCACAAGAUUAUGUAAGGGUUCACAACGAGGCGCGGGCAGGGGUAGGCGUUGGCCCCAUGCAGUGGAACGAGAGCAUUGCAGCCGUUGCUCAGAGCUACGCAGACCAACGAAGAAGCGACUGCAAUCUCAUACAUUCCACUGGACCUUACGGGGAGAACUUGGCCAAGAGUAGUGGCGACUUAUCUGGCGUCAGAGCCGUGAACCUGUGGGUUGAGGAGAAGGCUAACUACGACUACCCUUCGAACACGUGCAACGGAGAGUGCGGUCACUACACUCAGAUUGUUUGGAGAAGCUCAGUGAAACUCGGAUGUGGCAAAGCUAAGUGUAACAGUGGUGGAACUUUCGUCGUUUGCAACUAUGAUCCUCCUGGGAAUUAUGUGAACCAGAAGCCCUACUAAUGAAUAAUUAUCUACAAAAACACGUGCAUUCAGGACAUAUACAUAUAUAUAUAUUUCAAUAAAGAGCGUUAUAUGCUGGAUGUGUAUCAAUAUACUAUUUACUAAUACAAAUAAGAGCUGAGAUUACUAGUAUACUACUAUCAUUUUAAAACCCCUAGUCAAAAUAUUAUCUUAGACAUCUGUCUCCUUCUUUACAGAUCGUGCUGGAACAGAUUGUACAACUUUUGUUCCGAAGGGUUCUUCUUCUGCUACUGGGACGCGUAACAAGAAGCGUUCUUCUUAUUCCAGUGCGAAUCAACUAUCUGUUAGCUUCUUAACCCCAUCUAGACGUUUAUUUUGCAAAUUUUGUGAACUCCAUUCUCGCGGUUUGGGCUAACUUCAUUCCCCCGCUUGGAUAGUUAACUAACGAGUCAUAUUUUAAUUUAAUGUCUGGUUAGAAAAAUAUACAAUACAUUUACUAUAUAUCUUAUAUUUGUAUCGCAACAUUUUGUUGAACAAGCACCUUCGCACCGUAUCUAAAGUAUUCGAUCAGUUACAUGCAAUUCUCUAAAGGAUAUAGUUAUCGAGACACCAAAGGAUCUAAGAGCAUCCGCAAUGGUGGACUCCUUCUUGGAGUCCUUAUCAUUAUUAUAUUAAUUUUUUUUUGUUUUUUUUUGUUUGAAUAGUUAAGGACUCUAGUUAAAAUAAUCUGUCCAAUGGUGAUCCCCAAUUAGGAGUUCUUAGAAAUAAAAAAUAAUAAUUUUUUUUUAAAUUGAAAUUGAAAUUUUAUUAAUUGCAUGAUUAAAAAUAAAUAUACCAGAAAAUAGAAGUUUAAAAAUGUAUAAGUUUAAAAACUAUAAGUUUUUUAAUUUCAAUUU